GGAUUUAAAUGAAUCCUUAGCACAUAAUCCUAAGCAAAUACCAAUACAAUAAUAAUAUAAAACCUAAAUAAGCUAAGGAGCAGUCCCUAAUUAAGGAUUAAAAUCAAUGAAUCCUUGCUGACGUGGUCUUCUUCCUUUUAGCGUUUUUUGAGUUUCUCUCUCUGUGAUUUUUGUUUCUCCGUCACUUUCCUUUGAAGAUGGGAGUAAAUGGUUGGUGGCUUCUCUCCCCUGUCUUAUUCUUCCUGAGACUUCGAUGAUGGCCCUUCUCUCAGCCGUAUCUUCUCUCUUACCUUUCUCUUAUGGGGCAACGAGACUAAGCAGUAAAGCCUCUUUAGCUUCUACAACAUCUGGAUUCAACCUCUCUUCUCUUAGGAACUCCCCGAGAAACUCCCCUCGCUUGUAUGUGUCGAUGGCCAUUGCAAACCUCAGGUGAUGAUGAUUAUGUCUAUGAUGAUGAUGAUGAUGAUGAUUCUUUCGAUUAUUCGCUUUUAGUGUUGCAAAGACAAUUGUUAAAAUUCAUUUUUGAUCAGGUGGUUUUGGUUGACCAGUAUGAACGUUUUGUGUUCAAGCCAAUGUUGUAUGAGCUUCUCUCCGGAGCUAGGCUGGUUCUUGCUCUUGGCGCUGAACCUAAGCUUGAUCUUGUUCCCGGCGCAAUGGAGUUUGCUUUGCCGUUUUACACUCUUAACGAUGCUAUUAGGGUGAACGAGAAGCUGAGCAAAUUGGAGAGGAGGAACUUCAAAAACGGCAAUCCCAUUAAAGUAGCUGUCGUUGGGUGCGGUUACGGAGGAGUUGAGUUAGCUGCCACCAUCUCUGUUUUGUCAGUCUCAUUGUCUGAGUUUGGAAACUUUAGUUUUGAUGGGGAAAUUGGUAACGCUCAUUCAUAACAUCAAACUUUGUAAAAGAUUGAGAAAAUCUUCCAUACACAUUUGAUCAUACACAUUUGAUCAUAUUACAUGUUUUAAAUUUUUUUUUAUUAUUAUUUCUAAGGACUGCAAAUUGGAGAACACCAUUGGACAUUCUAUUUUGAUUAGAGUCCUUAACUAUUCUAAAAAAAAAAAAAAUUAGUUUAAUAAUCAUAAGGACUCCAAUGGUGGUAACACCAUUGGAGAUGCUCUAAGAUACUUGUUGCUAGAAGCACAUUUUUUCUUUGUGCAAUGUCCUACAUACUCUCUAAUUAACUACACUUUCUCCUAACACUAACUACUUUCACUUUUCCAACUAUAAAAGUUUUAUUUUUUAUUUUUAAAAAUAAAUCGAUAAAGCAAACAUUUUUUCAGUUUUCAAAACAGAACUUUUACUCUCUUUCUAUCUUUAUUUCGAAAUUCAGAUUCACUUUCCCAUUUCUCUCCUAACCCUAAUUCCACGAACCCUCUUCUCCUUCAUCUUUAAUUUUGUAAUCUUCAUGAUUUCAGAGGUCUCGCCGCGAGUUUGAUUUCUCUCCUAACCUUAAUCCGCUCUCAUCACCUCUAUCAUGCUCUCAUCGUCGUCCAUUUCCAUCGCUCUGUGUAAUGAUGACGAAACCAAAAUCAAAGAAGAAAGUGAAGAUAACUAAGCAACCAUCCCCACCAGAAAAUGAUAUCAGAGGUUUUGUUCUCACAUCAGACGUAACAGCAGAGAAGGGGUUGAAACGGAGAGGUUCGUGGAGCUAAUGAUGUCGUCCGGUUUGAUCUGCUAUGAGUCGGUGUGGUGGGUUACUCUCGAAAGAGAAAGAGCAACAAUGGCAAAAUUUUACUUUUUGCAACUGUGGUCCUUCAUGUUUUGGUUAUUCACGCUUUUACCCCAAAAUUCUUCAAAUGUGUUUUAUGGUUCUCUUGAUCUAGCCACAAACUUUUAAUUGUAUAAUCCAUACCCUUUCAAAUGCAAAUAAACAUGUAUAUAUGUAUCCAAAUUUUAUGUCCA